CCUGCCCCUCCUCUUCCUCACCCUGAUGCAUACCACUGAGAAGCUCCUAAUAUAGCCCCAGCUGCUGCGAGGAAGAGCGCAACAAAGCGGCGCUCGCUGCUUCGACGGGAGCCUUCUCAUGGAGCCCGACCCUCAGGCGUCUUCCACAGAGGAGCCCAGGAAGAGCGGGACCGUGGAUCCAGACGAAGAAGAGGAGGAGGAUGCCGCCGUCUACAUGAACUUCAUGAAACGCCACCGCUGCUACGACGCCAUUCCAGUCAGCUGUAAACUCGUCAUUUUUGACACAACUUUGCAGGUGAAGACGGCCUUCUUCGCUUUGGUGACAAACGGCUUAAGAGCAGCGCCGCUGUGGGACAGCAAGCUGCAAAGAUUUGUGGGAAUGUUGACCAUUACAGAUUUCAUCAACAUCCUUCACUGUUAUUACAAAUCCCCUUUGGUCCAGAUGUACGGACUGGAAAGCCACAAGAUUGAGACAUGGAGAGGUGAUUCCUUUCAAAAUGUCUACCUGUGUUACUCCAGUCAGUUCCUCGUCAGCGUCUCCCCAGAGGCCAGCCUCUUUGAUGCCAUCUAUUCCCUGCUCAGAUACAAAAUCCACCGGCUGCCCGUCAUCGAUCCGGAGUCGGGAAACGUCCUGCACAUCCUCACCCACAAAAGAAUUCUCAAGUUCCUCCAUAUUUUUGGGAAAAAACUUCCCAGACCCGGAUUCAUACGGAGGCCGAUCCAGGAGCUUGGGAUCGGAACCUUCAGCAACAUCGCCACAGUCCAGCAAACGUCCACCCUUUAUGACGCCCUCUCCAUUUUCGUUGAAAGGCGGGUGUCUGCGCUCCCCGUCGUGGACGGACACGGUAAAGUGGUGGCGCUCUAUUCAAGGUUUGACGUCAUUAACCUAGCAGCCCAGAAAACUUACAACAACCUGGACAUGACAAUGCAGGAAGCCGUCCGCAGGCGCACGUGUCACGUUGAGGGCGUGAUAAAGUGCUACCCCCACGAAACGUUGGAAACUAUUUUAGACCGCAUAGUCAAAGCUGAGGUCCAUAGGCUGGUUCUGGUGGACACGGCUGACGUGGUCAAGGGCAUCGUGUCUCUGUCUGACCUGCUGCAGGCCAUGGUCCUCACACCUGCAGGUAUUGAUGCUCUUCUGUCCUAGCAUCAGAGGGAGGGGACCGUCGUCUCUCCUCAUAGGUUUGAACCCUGAAGGUGUUUUGAGGCAGGUACGCUCUCCAGCUUCACACGCCCCCCUGUUGUCAAGUGUUUUUAAAACAGUUUUUUUUGUGGCCAAAUCUUACAUCAGAUGUGAAUUAAUUUUGAGAUUCCAAAUGUUGAUUAGACUUGUGUAUAUAGUGUUAUUUGGUGUUGUUUUGUUUUUUUUAAAUUAAUGCUGUGACCAACUUGCUGUGAACGUUAGUAUGUCAUCAGCAAAUCAUUUAUUUUCAAAAUAAAAUGAAGGGAUGCUUUCAGAUCCCCGACGGAACCCCUGAAGCUUCGUAACAUGACCUUAUUUUGUUCAAAGUGUAAUAAAAUUUGUAUUAAAAUUUAA